GCUCAGUUCGUCAGGGACGCUUAAUUGAUCCUCUGUAACAUUUCACAUAAGCUUCCAUAAGGGUGUGGCAACAUAGAAAUUAAUGUCAUCAGAACAUCUCUAACAAAAGAAUGUGAGGAUGUGUGACUCAGAGACAUGUAGUUCUUGUGAUUUUGACACUAGAUACCCGAGCAACAUUGUCAGACCGUUGUGUGACACCUAUGCCAAGUUGUCAUUUGUGAUCUACCGCCUGCUUAUAGUGACCUACCUCAUUGUGUUUUUAGUGAUUCACCUCUCUACCUCCAUCGCAGGAGUAAGUGGGUUAAAGAUCUUCAUCUAUCUAUCCGACUGGAACUUAGUUCUAACCACACUCUAUCUCAUCGUUGCUUUCCUCAAUGCGGUAGCGGACUAUGCCUACUACCAAUGGUAUGGCAUGUAUCUCAGCAGUUACCACAAUGAACCACCUGUCCUCUACAGACUACAGUGGUGUCUUUUCAGCAUAUGUAUCAUCAUCUCCUUACUCAUCGCCGUAUCUUUCUGGCCAACCGUCGGUUAUGACCUACCGACAUACAAACUAGCAGAGAACAUCAACAUACAUGCUGUACCAGGUAUCAUCAUGGUUAUUGACCUCAUGGUGACGGCAAUACCGAUUCGCUUCUUCCACGUAAUCUAUCCGUUAUUCGUGGGCGGUAUCUACCUGGCCUUUGCGGCAAUCUACUGGGCUGCAGGAGGCACUGAUCCAUAUGGACACCCCUACAUCUAUCGUCUUUUGGACUUCAGCCGUCCCAGGAUCAUAGGACUGGUCGUUGUUGGGGAGACCAUAGGUGCUGUUGUGUUUCAGUGGUUGUUAGCAGGCCUAAAGCUUUUGAGGAAUAAGGUCGCGUAUGACUGCAACUGCGCCCCAAGGGUCCGAUCUGUGGAAGUCAUUCCUUUGACAGAAGUAGCUACCGUCGCUUCAUAUUCUUGACUUUCAUCAAAGGCAUUCUUGAGAUUUUGUCGGGAUUGGACUAUGAAUGCUGCCACAAUGUCUUUUGAAAUGCUCUAGAAAUACCUCUAAGGCAUUUGUAUAAAUAAGUAUCCGUCAUUUAACGAUAAUGUUCUAUCACAUGCAUCAUUAACGAUAAUGUUCUAUCACAGGCAUUAAUUCUUGUGUAUGCCAAAUCUACAAUAUACUUCUUAUCAAGGAUAGAUUUCCUAUAGAUUUGUCAUUUCUGAGGAUAUCUCAUUAAAGGUAGUUGUACAAAAGCAUAUACUUCAUCCAAACAUCAAUUUCAAAUUAAUGAAAUAUGGAUAAGCCCCCCUUAAAAGUUUAGGGAUAUUUCCCGGGGGGGGGGCAGUCAAAUGUAUUGCUGUACACACGCGUGACCAAGGAAUUUCCAAACACCCCCUAAACGAGUUUUUCUCUGUGUUCAAAAUACCCCCUAAACAAGGUUCUCGCGGGCUUUAUUUACACAUUUUGGCCCCUAAACAAGUUGUCGCCAAAAUAUGACCUCGGGGAAAAAGCUUGGGGAAAAAACCAUACCCUAAACACGUUUGACCCCGCGAUUGAUCAUUGACCAGUCUUUCAAAACCACCCUUUUUCUUGAAAAUCGGUGUUUUUUAUACCCUUAACGAGUCCAUGCGCGGACCGCGUCCAAAACUGAAAAAACACCCCUUUAACCCCCCCCCCCGGGGAUAUUUCCUGUGUGACCCAGUGAUUAUCCGACAUAAGUGUAGCCUAUGGAUAGUACUUGUUGGAUGGACCGGUUAAUUGUCUAAUUGGCUCGAAGGGACAGAGUGAGUCCUCGGUAGGCCUGCCCCAUGAUAUAGUCUAAGAUUCUGUAUCAAGGGGGAUGGUUGUCAUCAAAAUAAUGCUUCAGUCAUAUAUAUGAAACUGACUCCAAAUAAUGUGCAAUCUGCCUUAAAGUAGUUUGUCAUUCAUUAAUUUGUGUAUAACGUUCCUCAAUGCACUUAAAAAUCCAUAAUUUGUUUUCAAUAAUUUAUUCCCUGGUUUUAUCAGAAGCAAUUAUCUUGCACAUAUUUGAUUUCAUAAUUGUAAUUUUAGUGUCGUUCCGUUUACUGUUCAUAUCCUUUCGAAACUUGUCAUGUUUUUUAUUCAGCUUUUGGCUGUGACGCAUGUUUUAAUAAACCAUUUUUGGGGGUCGGCCUGGGGAGUGUUUAUUGAAAGGACUUGUCGGACAUUUCAUCAGACAAGUAGUGUUUUAUCCGACAGUAACCAUAGUUACAGUGCCUCUCAGCAAGGAGCUUCCAACACAGCUCCUUGCUCUCAGCCAAUCAGAAUCAAGGAAAGUUGUCAGAUCCAACAACUUGUUGGACAAAACUAUUGAUGAAACACCGCCUGGAUUCGGUUUGCCAGUAUGCAUGACUGUGACAUAAAAAUGUCACAUGACAUGUCAGUACAAGGACAAUUUACAGGUGAACGUAUUUAACCAAAUAUUUAUCCUGGUGGUAUCCGGGGGUGGUAUGGGGUAUAGGCACUAAUUCUGCAUGCGCAUGCGCAUUAAUGGAUUGUUACGAUAAUUAUGUUAUAUACAUCAAUUACUGAUUUGUAAAGGAAAGUAGAUCCGUUGUAUUGCUUCACAUAAGUUCGUCUGAGUAAUGGCAAACUAGAAGGAUAUUUGAAACCUAGUUUCUGAAACAACAGUUUUGAUAUUAAAAUAUCAAAGAUGUGUGACUCGGGUACAUAUUCUUCUUGUGAAUUUGAUAAAAGACAUUCGAGCGACAUAAUAAGACCAUAGUGAAUAUACUCUCAAUUUAUUCGCAAUAAUUAUUUAUUUAACUUUGAAAAUCAUUGAGGUUGUUUGACAGUCAUGUCUAGAAUUAACAUAUGACUCUGCAUGGUUCAAGCCAGAAUUGUAAUCACUCGGUCAAGAAAACGGUUCCAUGACAAUUGCUCCGCCGACAUUUGCUCCGCCGACAAUUGCUACGCAAAAUACGACAACUGCUCCGCCGACAAUUGCUCCGGACAGUUGCUCCGCCGACAGUUGCUCCGUCGACACUUGCUCCGCCGAUAUGUGCUCCGUCGACACUUGCUCCGCCGAUAUUUGCUCCGCCGAUAUUUGCUCCGCCGACAUCUGCUCCGCCGACAUCUGCUCCGCCGAAAAUUGCUCCGCCGACAAUUGCUCCGCCGAUAAUUGCUCCGCCGACAUCUGCUCCGAUUAUACGACAAUUGCUCCGCCGAUAUUUGCUCCGCCGAAAAUCGCUCCGAUUAUACGACAAUUGCUGCGCGACAAUAAUUGCUCCGCCGAUAUCUGCUCCGAUUAUACGACAAUGCUCCGCCGACAUCUGCUCCGCCGAAAAUGGCUCCGCCGUAAAUUGCUCCGAUAAUGUGACAAUUAUUUAUUUAUUUUUUUAUUCGUACUUUCAUACGCAUAACAAUAAUUUGUAGCACAGGCUGAAGGCGUCAAUUUACAAAGUAAACUUAAACUAUGCUUGCAUGAUAUAUUACAUGUCAUACACAGGGGCCGCGGAACGGUUUUCAAAGUGAGGGCUGAGUCAAAAGUGGGGGGCUGUCCAUGCUAAAAAUCACAAUCAUAUGGUCAUUCUUACGUUUUUUUGUACACGGUUUUUGAAAAUUGGGGGGCUAAAGCUAAAGCCCCCCGGCUCCGCAGCCCCUGAUACAUGCAUAUAGAAAGAAAUAGAAAAAAAGGGGUAAGCACUAAGGGAUAGAUAUUCUUAAUACUUAUUCAUGGUGGGGGGAGCAUUUGUGUAAGUUUUAUUACGUGCCUGGUGAUUAAAAUGGGGAAAAAAUACGCGUUUUCAUGUAAUUAUUAUAACCAUAUAGCUCCAUGUUAUAACAGUACAAACAAAUUAGACAUACCCCAUUCUUAGCGUCAAAAUCGCUCAGACUGGCGAAAUUUGCUCCGAAGUGGAAACAUUUGCUACAGGUGAAAUUCAACGGUACCCCACCUUAUUUGUCGAAAACCUGUACUGUAGUCACGCAAAAUGUUUACUGUCGGCAAAUUUUGUCCCACACAAACAUGACCAAGACAUUCAGUAAGUAAAAAUUAAUAUUCAAGAAAAUACCAACUUGUGAAAGGCUACAUGUUAUGUCACCUUCUCGGCACACCCCUCCACUCUGGUUUCCAUAUUCUCUCGUAUACACAGUGCUCUCAGUCUGGUCUCCACAUCCAUAUCAUGUCAUAUACACCGUAGGUUUUUAGAUUAUGAUAAUACUGUAUAUAAUAGUGAGUUGCUUUUUUGUUUUAUGUUGAUCAUGAUUGUUUUCUUCACUGAUAGAAAAAGGAUAAUUAAAUUUU